AAUAGUUCCAAAACAGUAUCGUUCCGCACCAUCAUCAUAGGAGUGGAAACAUUCCUGAAAAUUUUGACUGUUUUUGUUUUAUUUACCUGUCUAUUGGGACAUUAUGGAUACGUUUGAAGAGACAUGGCGCUAAAAUAUCGAGAAGAGUUGGUUGGAAAGCGUUUCCUUUCUGUCAGGAGCCCCUCGCGGUUAAAAUUAAGCAAGAUCCAUGAAUGGGAAUGGCGGGCUGGCAUAGUGCGAUCAGUAACUCAUAAGAACUACACACAGCCAGAUCUUCAGGUACAGGUUGAGUUUGAUGAUAUUCCCUGGGAGCGACGAGAGUGGAUUCGUGUGCACGACAUCUUUCAAGUCUUUCUGGUCGAGUCUUCAUUGGUGUGGGCUCUGCGUCAAGAUCCUACGAAGAAUCGUGGAGGGAAAGUUUACUGGCCUGCAUUGAGCUUCACUACGCUGGUUGAUAAGUUUGGUCUUGCCAGCAGCAGAUACAAGCCUUUAGAGUUCCUAGAAGACCAUCACUUGCAGUUUUCUGAGGAAGCUGACAUAAAGCAGUACAAGGAGAACGAGCCAAUAAGUUCCCCUGUGAAAAAUUACCCGGAGGUCCAGAAAGCCAUCCAGGAGUGGAUAGAGUACCAGAACGGGCAGAGUAUCCUCCUGACCACCCCAUCUGUGCUGAUUGGGUAUAGAGUUGAGGUCUACAGAUCUGAGGGCACUACUCAGUGGUAUACUGCAGUUAUCAAGAAUUACAUAGAGAAGACAAGGGAAUUAUCUGUAUUGGAUGACACAGUGCUAGAAGAGCACAAUGAAGAUCCUACAUUGAUUCAGAUGAAAUUGUUGGAUGGGGUUGUGGAAUCAAUAUUAAAUGGCGGAGAAGGUGUAGCACCAAGGAGAGCAAGUCGAGCUUGUAAAGAUAAAAAAGAUUCAAAUCAACAGCAACAACAGCAGCAGCAACAACAACAACAACAGCAUCAUCAACAGCAACAGCAGCAACAGAACACUGUUGCCCACUCCAGAACACGCAGCUUGAGUCCUAACUACAAAAAUAGUCGCAGAAAGAGCAGGCAGAGAGCGCCGGCUGAGGCUCCCCAACCAGAGACAGAGGAGAAAGAACGUGAGGUGUUGGAGAAGCCCAGCAGUACUACCAGGCCCAAGUUACAGAGGGAACAGCGUAAACGCAAACCUGAUCCUCAAGAACCAGAAGUUACUGAUGAAGCUACUACUGAAAUUCAAACCUCUUCAUCUAUAGAAAACAGGCCUUCACCUACUAUUUCUACUACAAGUAAACGCAACAAGUCUCAGGAAGUGAAAAAAGCAGAAAAGAAAACUUCGAUUGAUGAGAAAGUGGUUUCUGCCUCACCAAGAAAGGGUACCCCAGUUCCAUUUGUAGCUGUGAGCCAUCUCACAGCUGAAGACUUCAAACCCAAGAAAGAGAAACCAGAGAAGGCAAAGAACAAGAAACAAGCUAAACAAACAGAACUUCAGCUGCAACCAUCUGUGAAAGAAACCAAGGAGAGGAAGGAAAAUAAGAGCAAAACUCGGGACUCUGCUCCUAAACAAAGAGCUGCUAAACCCAAGGAGGGGACCAACAGCAGUGAACCCACUUUUCAGCAAGAACAACAGCAGCCAAACCCAGAGCAGAAAACCAGGCAGCGAAAAAGUAGGCAAGCUACUAAGCCACGCUCAGGGGGCAGACAGACAAAGUCUGCCGAAGGAAAGGAACUAGAUUCAGCUUCUCAGCCCUUACCUCAACUACCACAGGAAACUACAGUUGCUACAGAAGAUCACUCCAAGACAAACAAUGAAAGUCAGGGGGACACUGAAGAGGAAGUAAGCACAGCGGCUUCUGCAGAGGAAGAAGUUCCUUCGACUGCUACUCCUCCCUCCAGUAAAGAGGAGGAAGAGAAUAGCGACAGCAUGCAUUAUAAAAAGAUGCAUUUACUGGCGGCUGGGGAGCAGCGUGACAAGAGUGCAGCUGCACCUACUACCACGAGCUCUGCCCCAAGUUCCAUACAGUCACCAACAGCGUCAGCCCCAGCCCCAGCCUCCACUGUGGCAGCAGCUCCUUCACCACAGGAUAUCAAUUUAAAUCACUCCAUAACAGACCAGAUUGCCAAAAUGUCAAAGACGGAAAAGAAGGAAAGUAGUGGUAGUGACACUAAUGGCGGAGAGGCUGGAGAUCAUUUUACAACAGUUCUCUCCCCUCGGACUGAACCUAAAAGUUCGGAGCUUCGUCCUGUUGGGAGUAGUGGAGGUGUUAAGGUGGAGGAGAGGAUACCCAGGUACCCCACCUUGGAUCCUGGUAGGGACAGUAAUAAACCUGAGGACUUGAGUGUGAGAAGGUCCCAGGAACGAUCAAGUUCCAGAACAAGUGAUACUAGUACUAGGUCUGGAGAUGAUAAAGGUCCACAUGGCCGCAUCGAAGAAAUGCGAAGGGCCAGGGAUAACCCUCCUACAAGCCCAUUAGUUUUAGAUAAAAAUGAACCAGUUACUGUGUAUAGAGAUCCAGAGUUGAUCAAAAGAGACAUUGAAACACGCCAACAGUUAGCCAGCUAUGGCAUAUCAAGGCAUCACACACCCACACCCCAUUCUGCUUCCCCGUACCCCACAGUUCACACACCAAUUCCAGGUCACCAUCCCUCUUCCCACCCUGCUCUCCAGCAAGGCAUUCACAGGUCGGCAGGUCUCCUACCUCCUUCCAUGUACCCAGCCACAACCAUGGGCCUGUCCUCGUCUCUGAUCGGAGCCAGUGCUCUGCCGAGCUCCCUCAGCAUGCUGGCCCAUCACGCCCCUGUCGAUACCCUGACCCGCUUGGCGGCCCACCCUCACUUACUCAACUACCCUGCCUCACUGUUACAACAGCAGCAACAGCAGCUGCUCUCCCUGUACAGCCAGAGCCUCCACGGUGUGUCCACGGCCAGGUUGGAGGGGCUUUGGCAGCAGAAGUUCCCCAGUGUCCCCGUGCCACCCCCCUGGAUGCUUAUACAAUACCAGGAUGAACUGUUGAGAGACACCUUCACCAGGGAGAGAGACCUGCUGGUGGAGAGGGAGAGGCAGGAACGGGAGCGCCUGGAGCGGGAGAAGAUUGAGAGGGAACGCAAAGAAAGGGACAGGCUUGAAAGAGAAAAAGCAGAAAAAGAUCGAGCAGAAAAGGAGAGAGCAGAGCGUGACCGGCAGGAACGUGAGCGCCAAGAACGAGAGCAGCGUCAAGAACGAGAGCGUAUUCUCAGGGAGUCUGCACAGACUGCUGCUGAAGCUGUAGAACAGCAUUUCAGCAAGUCUUUGUCCCAGUAUGCUGCAGCAGCCAGGGCCCCAUGGGGAAGCCAUUCCAUCAGUCGAGGCCUUCCAAAAGCCCCUGCCACCACGUCAGCAGGUGCGUCCACGGGACUGGCCAAGGGGUUGACCAAACCUCAGCCAGUCUACCCGGCCACUGCAACACCACAGACACGGGACCAAAAAGAGGACCCCAAGGAGAAGGAUGAGAAGAUGAGAAUGGUGCGUGAAUGGGAGCGAGAGCGUGCUCGUCAGCAGCAGCACUUGGAGCUGCAGCAGAAGGUGAAAGGGCUGCAUCCUGCCGCCAAGGCCAUGGCGUCCCACUCCAGCUACAUCCUCAGCCAGACGGACGACAAGAGCAAACUGGCACUGCAGCAGGAGGAGCUGAUGAAACAGAUGCAGAUCCAGGAGGAAAUACGCAAGACUUACCCUGCCGAUCAGAGGAUAGCAGAGAUGCUGGCCAAGGGUGCAGCAGCCGAGGGAGGCAAGCCCGUGUUCUUUUCCCAUUACACAGCAGCUUUGAAUGAGUAUGCCCGUGUAGCAUCAGAGGGAAGAGUGAAACAAGAACCGCCAAACUUCAGUUUAUACGGCUAUCGACCAUUCCAGAAUCCUACGUUUAUUUCCCCUGAUAAGUUGCAUGAUUUGGACGUUAAGAAGGAACCUCAGGAUGUGAAGCCAACAGUGGACCAAAAAACCCAUGGAAAGAAAACACUAACACCACCCCCUCCAUUAAUAAAGGACUCUCCUAAAUCUACAGUCAUAGUGGAGAAUAAACAGGCAAGAACAGGGAGUGCACAUUCUGAUAUGGGUAGACCAGGAUCACCGCGGCAACAACAACAAGACAGGCGAGGACUGCCUACUUCCAGUGCACAACACGUGCCAUACACGCAGUCUCUUCCAUCGUCUCAUGCAUUUCGUCAUGUAGACCCCAAGUCCUCGUCCUAUUCCCAAAGUCCCUUGCGUGUGGCCAGCCCACAGCAGCUCUCGGCAGCAGUGAUGCAGCCCAUGGAAAUAAAGAAAAAUCCUGCCAUGUUAUCAGGAAAAGAGGGUCACACCAGCCCCGGAGGGAGACCCACAGCUGCUCAAGGACACCCUUCAACUUCAUCUUCAUCCUCUCAACCCAGUCUCAUGCAAAGCCAGGGGGUGUAUUCAGGUUAUGGCCACCAUAGUGGCUUCAGCUCAUCAUACAAGCCAAAUGAUCCUCAGAUCUCACAAUCUACUUCAUUGACUGCAACUAGUGGCAUGCAGUAUGCACACAAUAGUAGUAGUAAUAAUACCAAUAGUGCAUCCUCUGCUAAACCACAGAACUUAUCAACGGGCAGCAACAAGAGAGGGAAACCUAUGAACAGCAGAGAGGCAGGGUUUAAGAAAAAGCCACGUGUAGGAGGAGAGGUGAGUGGUGCCACCUCACACUUACCCAGCACCACUUCUCAAACAGCAACAUCAAGCUCCUCCAUAAAUAGCAGCUUACGAAGUGGCUUUAUAGACAGUUUUAAAUCAUUUGUCGAGAACACUGUACAGCAUGCUUUCUACCAAGAUCGGGAGCUAAAUCCAAAGGGAAAUGUUGCACCCAGUGAUGUGGAAGCUGAGGAGAAGGUGCCAUCCAGCUCUUCUCAGCAGCCAACUCAACUAGCACCUCUAACAUCAACACAGCAACAGCUAACCCCCACACCAUUACAGUCAUCAUCCAAGCCACCAUCUACAGCAUCGUCAUUAUCGCCAUCAGCAUCAUUGUCAGUCGCAGUUACAGCUACCACCACAAGCAGCAGCACCGCCAGUGCUAUCAGUACCACUCAUCUUCCUCCCAGUAGCAGUGGUGCUAGCAGUGGUGGCAGCACCACUAGUGUCAGCACCAGUCAGAUCCUGACGCCACCGGGCUCUGGCUCAGCAGCAUCCGUCACCAGUUCCACCUCUUCUAUCAUGGAGACCAUCAACCGCGUUGCAAACGGAAUGAUCGAUACAGACAGUGAUACGUUAAGUGCACCCAGUCCACCACCUCAUAUAAAAAACUGUGAUGUCAGUGUCUCUCCAUCCAGGUCGGGAAAUCACACUAAACUUAAGAAGGCCUGGCUGCAGAGACACUCCGAUGAGGAUCGCAGUGGGGAUAAAAGCCAAGAUUCAAAAAACGGGGAAUGUUCAAAAAAGUCCAAAAUUGACUUCAGGGAUUGCGUUACAAACUGUUCUUAUUCUGGAAAAGAGGAAGAAUCGGAGGAGAGGAAACCUAGUUACCCCCUUCCAAAAAAGGAUUUUUCCAGGGCAGCUGCAGAUGAGUCCACCAGCUCUGCAUCAGAAUCAGAAUCUCAGGGAAGCGAUGCCAGUAAAAGAAAAAUAAAGACCAAAAGAAGAUCUGGUACAAAAAAGUUGAAGAACGAUUCUGGAAAAAGUGAAUCCAGUGAUUCUAAUGCUGUCCUGAAUAAAAAGAAAAAUACUGUGAAUAAGAAGUCAAAAAACGAUGAGUGCCCAAAGUCAAAGUCUGGUGACCCUUAUGAGAAAGGCAGAGAUGCAGAGAAAUCGAAGAAGACUGAAAAUAAACAGAAGAGAGUCUAUGAUCUCAGUCGUGAUGACAGAUAUGAUACCUCAGGAUCAGAGGCAGAAAGCCGCAGUGGGAAAAAAAAGGGUCGAAGAUUAAAAGAAAGAAUUGUGAAUAAGUCAGAACCAGAGCAAGGACAAAACUCAAAUGCUGUGGUUAGCAAGCCUCUAAAUAAGAAAUCUACACAUAAUCUCAAAAAGUCUAGUGAGGCCUUUCUCCAAGAUGGGCCUUGUUCUGAAGUUACACCAAAACUGAUGAAAUGUCGAGAAUGUAAGAUGAGUCCAAGUCAACGCAACAAGAAGCUUCCCAACAUAUUUUGCCGAUUCUUUGCAUUUAGAAGAUUGCGGUUUAGCCAAAAAGGGUUCUUGAUGAUCGCCGGCUUCUCUCACCCAAGUGAUGCAGAAGUUGAUGACAUUGCUCCCUGGAUGCCGCAAACACCUGUGAUCCACCCUCGCCUGGAUGUGGAGACUGCCUUGUAUAUCAUCACCCGGGUGGGGGAUAAGUUCUGUGAGCUGGUCAUGCAGGAGCAAGCUGCCAUGUCAUGGGCAGGAGAACACCAAGACAAGAUAGCAUGGAAGCGUCAGGUGCAGGGCGUGCGUGAAAUGUGUGAUGUGUGCGACACCACCUUGUUCAACAUGCACUGGGUGUGUCAAAAGUGUGGCUUUGUCGUCUGCCUGGACUGCUACAAGGUGAAGAAGGACAAUGCUGUCUCCGAGUAUGACAUGGAGGAAGAGUCAAAGGAAGGUGACGAACACAACUGGUUGACGUGCAGCUCCAACAGACAGCCUCACGACCCUGACAAGCUGAUGCUUACACAGAUCAUCCCUGGAGAUGCAUUGUGGGAGGUUGGUAGGCUGAUCCAUGAAGUCCGUCCAAAGUGGUCCAUCCCAGUGUACUGCCCCUGUGGUGCCGGGGAUGACCUCGUCUUACCACCCAAGAAUGGGGUCAGCCAGCAACUCCUACAUGCAGUCAACAAUUGCAUAUCUCCAGAGGGGAAGAAACUGGUCAAUGGAUUUGGUCACAAUGGCGGUCACAACCACCAUGGUAAAAAGCUCAGUUCAUCCUAUCCAGAUGGCUUACUUAAUUCCAAAGAUGCUCUCUCCAAUGGCCCCCUCAGCCAGAGCAUGAAUUCUGUGGGCAGCAAGGGGAUGGCAGGGGGGAACAUUGACCCUCUCAGCUUACUGGCAGAUGUGGCUUCCAUGGACUCCGAGAAAAACAAAGGACAGAAUAAACAGGAGUCCCUGAACAAGAUCAGGGAAAAGAAAAAUGCCUCGGACUUUCCUUCUUACCAAGAAACAAAGGCCUACACCCUGAAUGCUCCCGCCAUUAACUCAGCCCAGAUAGGGAAGAAUUUGCCCGCUAACUUGGAGGCUGGUUUAGUGUGUGGGCCAGAGUGUACGGGGGACCAUAAGGGCCACCACAAUGCAGACAACUGUUCCACCUUGAAGAUGCUUCUCACCAAGAGAGCCAAGAUGAAUAACAGCAGUGUGGUAGGGGAUGGGAAGAUGUACACCAGCACCUUGAGUGAGAUCAUCCAGUCUGUGGUGGAGAAAAAUUUGCCACGUGAGGAUGCCAAGCUGAUGGACGGAACCACUCCGAGUCCACUGAAACUGAUGCACUAUAUCCCAAAGAAUGGCUCUGCCCCCAUGUCUGGGCGUGAGGCCCCCAUCCCAGUACACAACCUUACCGAGACUAGUCUUCUUUACCCAGAUGUGCCUCACACUUGGCUGUGUGACGGACGCCUCCUGCGCCUGCACGACCCUCGCCACGCUAACAACCUCCAGUUGUUCCAGGAUCAGUGGAGGCUGGGGCUGCCUGUCAUGGUGUCUGGGUUGGAGAAGCUCCUGAACAUGGAUCUGUGGAAGCCAGAGACCUUUGCCAAAGAGUUUGGUCAUCUGGAGAAUGACCUGGUCAAUUGCCUGACUGGUGUGGUCAUUGUGGGUCAGAAAAUGAAAGCCUUUUGGGAAGGCUUUGAAGUCUGUAGAGAGCGACUGCUGGAUGAUGAUGAUGAGCCGAUGGUGAUGAAGCUGAAGGACUGGCCUCCUGGGGAGGACUUCAGUGAUUUGUUACCCACACGGUUCCAGGACCUAAUGCAGGCCCUGCCUGUCCCUGAGUACACCCACCGCACUGGCCGCCUCAACCUGGCCUCCAGGCUGCCGGACUUCUUUGUCAGGCCCGACCUCGGCCCUAAGAUGUACAAUGCUUAUGGACUUGCCCACAAGACUGAGACAGGCACCACCAACUUGCAUUUAGAUGUCUCUGACGCUGUCAAUGUGAUGAUGUAUGUGGGAAUACCAGUGGAUGACAAGGAAGAAUAUGAAAGGGCAGCCAUACGAGCUAUUAAUGAGGCUGGGGCUGACCUCCUCACAAAACGGAGGGUGGUCGAAAUGAAGGAAAAACCAGGAGCUCUUUGGCACAUAUAUGAUGCUCAAGAUGCAGACAAGAUUCGGGACUUCCUAAACAAGGUUGCCAAGGAGACAGGGGAGGCCAUUGAGCCCGACCAUGAUCCCAUCCAUGACCAGUCCUGGUACUUGAACAAAGAACUGAGGGAGCGUCUGCUGAAGGAGUAUGGAGUCCAGGGCCACUGUAUUGUGCAGUGCCUGGGGGAUGCCAUCUUUAUUCCAGGGGGUGCCCCACAUCAGGUUCAGAAUCUUCAUAGCUGUAUUAAAGUGGCUGAGGACUUUGUUUCGCCAGAACAUCUAAACCAUUGUUUUAAACUAACUCAGGAGUUCCGUCACUUGUCUGACACCCACAGUAACCAUGAGGACAAACUACAGGUGAAGAACAUCAUCUUCCAUGCUGUCAAGGAUGCUGUGGCUGUCCUUCAUGAAAACGACCCUAAGGAUUAUCUUGGCAAGAGAUAAAAAAUUGAUACCACACGGGCAGACUAAAUGACAAAAGUUGACAACCAAAUAAUACAAGACUGGAGCAAAAAAUGGAUACAGUAGCCUGGAUUGGCUGGUUCCAUGAAGAUGAUGAAAUCUGAAGCUAGUGAAUGUCAGAGUACCCUGCUGUGCUCUGAAUGCAACUUGGAAGUGGAAAUGGAUUGCUUUCUACACAGGGAAUAUCAGAAAUAAUGUAUAAAGAAGUAUAUCGAAACCAUAUUUUGUGGAAUUAUACUACAACAACAGGAUUAUUUCUUAUUUAUGUGGAGUUAUUUAAAGGCAGACUACAUUAAAGUGCUGCAAAACUGGAUUAUUUAAUGACUUGCAAAGCGAUAGAGAAGAGGAUUUUGGCUUUGGGCACACUAUUGUUGUACUUAUUAUUGGGAACUUAUUUUCCCCCCCUGGAGCCGUCUUUGAAUCUUGGCUGGCCAGGGUGGACUGGGGACUGCAGCUUGACUUAAGCAACAUGGUGGACAUCAAUAUUCACAUUACGUGUGUCUUCAAGGAAGACAGACUGGUCAUUAAUUAUUACGUUCAUCUUUUCAUUCAUCAUUGUCAUCGGUGGCUUAACAUUACUUUAAAUGUGUGUGUGUGUAGUAGAUUGGAUUUUUUUUUUUCAAUCAUUAUAUAAAGUAAGACUAUGUCUUAUAUACAGAGUACAAAUUCAUCGAAGUAAUAUAUGAGUACUAUUGUAUAAUGUGACAUUCUAAGAGUUAAGAUCACAAUCCCUAUUGGAGGAUUGAUCCAAUAUAUAAAAGCACUGCCAGGGUGGGCUGGGGGGAGGGGCGCUUAGAGAAGUUAUUUUCCAAUCAGAUAAUGAUUUUUCAAUCAAAUGAUUUAAUAAUAUACUGUUGCUGUUAGCAUUGGAGGUGUUGUAUGAACUGUUGUAAAAAUAUCAAAUCUUGGGGGAAAUGUAUCGAGAGAAGUUUGUAAGAAAGCUUUCAGUGCCACUGAUGCUGUUGGAGCGAAGGAUGUGAAAGCGUACAGAAUAGUAGGGCAGAAUUUUAUUACGAGGCAAAUGCCAUGUUGUUGAGCUGUUUGAAAUGUAGGUUUACAUUGGCUAAGUUUAGUCUUAAAUGUUUUGACUACUCUUAUAAAGUAACAGUUUU